AAGUCAGUCGAAACACGAAAGUCGCCGGGUUAGCACGCACUUGGCCUCCUGUUCACCUGUCUGUUUGUGAUGAUGAACCAUUUUUGUUCGAUGGAAAAUGUGAUUCAGUCAGUUUUUGGUUAUUAAUUUUUUGUUUGGUUUUAAUAUUUGGAUUUUUGGUGAUUGAACGAUCUGGUGGUACAUUUUAUUGGAAUUUACUGCGGCUUUUUAAAGGUACUACACAAGUUUUUGCUGUAUUAAGAACAUCGGUCAUAAGAAUAGCAGAUGGCCCGCCGCACGCAUACACUGGUCUGCCUGGUGGUGCUCCUCGCUGUGACGUCAUCAGAGAAACUACAGUCAAGAUGGUCCCGACAGAUCAGCUCCUACACCGCAGACAUCAGCGACUGGGUGCCCCUGCCAGGCCCUGUGCAAAGAGAACCACCAAAGCCCAAAAUCAACACACCAAUCAAGAGACAAGCCAUAGCGGAGCCCAGAAUACUCACGGAACCCUUCCCAGGCUUUGCCAGACCGACUGGCUUCGGUCAAGACACGUUCCCAUCAAGAACUUACUUCAACUCCCCAGCUAACAAACAGUUGUAUUUACAAUCUGUUCCAUCAGCCCCACAAAACUUCCUAAAUGAUCAAGGCUUCGGACAAAGCAUCAGGUUUGGCCUGAGUCAGCCGAACUAUCCACUGAAUCAAGGUUUUGCUGCUCCACAAUACACUUUCGAGAGUCCAGGAGUGAAAGCGAGGCCUAUACAACCAUCGAAUCCUAUCAAAUUCGAUACCUACCCGAAACAAAGUAUUGCCCCUAUUUCUCAAACAAAACCUUUUGUCAAUCCAGUCGGAAAAAUAAGGCCUGAGGAACCAAAAUUCAUAGACGAUAGUAAUUCUAAAAAGAAAGCGCAAUCACUUCAGAAACUCAAAUUUGAAGAAAAAUAUCCAAAAGCAGAACCGAUUCCACCAAAACCUAAAGCCCAAAAAGAAGAAGUCCAAUUACUGUAUGUACCAUUAGAGUCACUAAACAGAGGUCAGUUUAACUUCCGAGGCCCAAUUGCAGCCCCUCAAAUCGUCGGUACAGAUCUAUAUUCUCAAGGACUUCCUAAAAUAGAACCGUUAAAACAGCCGUUUACCUCUGACUUCCAAAGACCUCUGCCAAAACCAGUCGAGAACUUUGGAUCUGGACAGGACUACUUCGGUUCCUUCAUGGACUCCCUAAAGGACUACGACCAAGUUCCAAAAUUCUCUACGGUAACUUCGCCAUUCGCUACAGCACCCCCAACGACACCAAGACCAAAAAAAUUGAAACCGCAUCAACCACCGCUAGCCAUCUUCCAAGAAGCGAAGAAUAAUGGCCAAGCCAAAGUAGGAGAUGUCUUAUUUACUUUGAAAAAUGCUAAUACUAUCGCUGUUCUAGAUACAGUAAAUCCUUUGAAUUCACCUAAAGUAUUUAUUGGACCGUCUUCUCUAACACCACCUGAGGGUUUUGUUAAGUUUGAAUUACCAUAUUUGUCAAACAUCGAGAACAGUGACAAAAAGCUGAGACAGUUACCUUUCUUUGUUGCACCACUAAGUUACAAUACGCCUAAUGGUUUUGCGAAGAUCCCAUUCCCGUCUCCACAUGUUGGCUCUGUAGUUAUAAACGGUUUAAUAAGAGAAAAUCCAAGUCAACCGUCAUAUCCAACCCCACCAGCAUUUAUGCCACCAUCAGCAAAUAUCGCAUACAAAGAGACAACACAAACCCAGAAACCUGUGACACCGAAACCUGUGACACCAAAACCAAGUUUCAACUAUUAUAGCACCUCAUCACCAAAAACAAAUGCUCCAUUAAAUCAACAAUCUACUUAUUAUUCCUUUGAACCUCAAACGGUUACAUCAUUGAGCCCGCAAACUGGACGAGCACCCCUGAGUCCAAGUCCACAAAAAGGAAACUACUUCAUAUCUAACGUUAAUGGUGAUGUCUAUAAUCCUUCGCAAUACGCUAACUUCAAUCCACAGGAAGACUAUAAAGACAAAGAACAGGUCAACCCAUACACUGUUCCCAAACCAGAAACAACGACAACUUUAAGGACUACGACCACAACUACCACCCCUAAACCUUCUACAUACUCAAGUCAACUGUUAGAAACUCAUAACCCAUAUUCUAUAAACCAAGCAUUCCACUUCAGUACUCCAUUGGAUUAUCAUAAUUACUUCGACGAAUUCAAAGAAACCUAUGCUCCACCGGGAGUGAACCUUGAAGUACCAAAGCCAACCUCAACAGUUCCUAAACCUACUCCUACACCUACGAAACAACAAGAAAUAGAAACAGAGAGACCAAGACAACAAACAUCGCCUAACUACGCACAAAAUUACUCACCGGAAAUCCAGUAUCACACUGAAGUCACAGGAGCGCAAUAUCCUGUGUAUAACACUAAUGAUUACCCAAGCAAAACUGAAACAAACUCGGUACCGAGCCAGUACCAACAGACAACUAAAUCAUUAAGUACAGAAAAUUAUAAUGAUAACAUUCAACCACAAGCAAACUAUGACAAUCUUACAGAAACGAUUAUUAAUAAAAUAACAGGACCUUCUUCCGAUAUAGACAACUCAAACCUUUACGAACAAUAUGACACGAACUACUCUUCUAAUGAACGCACUAGUUCUACAACAGCGACUAGUACUACCACCACAACCACGACCAGGAGAAGUCCGAUUAGAAGUCGAGGUAGACCUAGAUAUACAACAGCUAAGCCUGACUCCAACGAAUCGACAACCAAAACUACAUAUACUCGCAAGCCAUUGAGAGACCGUCGUCCACUACCUUCAAGAUCUAGAUACGAACCGAAUAAAAUAUCUACUGAUAAAACAACUAAAAAAUCCGUUGAUUCCAAUGAAAGUACCACUAAGACUUCUAGAACUAGGACGAGAGGACGAGUCCAGUACAAGCCUUCGGAUAAUGAUGAAUAUUACGAUAAAAGAAACAAAGGCAAUAGCAAGGAAGAGGAUCUAGCUUAUCAACGUGAUAUUCUACACCAGAAUUAUCCAGUAACUCUAAUGGAAAGGACAAGUACGGUUGAUAUAGAAGCAAUUACUGAACCUUCGCCAAGAAUAUCUUCCACAAAAACUUUGGAAACUGCAAUUUCUUAUGACACCUUUGAUACUGAAAACGCAUAUGCUCAUGAAUCUGCAGCAAUAAGCCAUUUAGGUAAUUCAAAUCUUAAAGACGAUAUACCUACUUACACAUCAAGGGUAGAAACACAAUAUGAAGACAUAGCUAUUCCAAAAUAUUCUACUAGAAAUGAAGAAUAUUAUUCAUCAAAAAAUAGUGCUGUACCAACACAAUCUUUAGCGACUCAUGAAGAAUCAAUGGAGAAACAGGAAGAUUUCCCAAGGCACACAACACCUGUUCAGAGAAUUGAAAAACCUAGUGUUUCUUCAUAUGCAACUGAAUCAUUUAGUAUCAAUACUGAACAGCCUAACUAUUCAAUAAACAAUGAACAAAAUUCUAAGAAAGAUGUUACUACUAGUCAAGACACAGAUGUCCCUAAAGUAGAAAGUCAUGAAAGUACCAUUGAUGAACAGCCCGAAGAAAAUGUUGUUCAAACUACACCAUCUUAUAAUCGUGUUCGGGUUCGGCCUGGCGUCAUCAGACAAUACCAUCAAGCUUCAUCUACAGACAGUUCAAGAACCAAAACUGAUAGAAGGCGACCAGUUCAAGCUAUAACUUACAGGCCAGCAUUUGACAAGCGCCGAACUACUAUGAGGAUCGAUGAAAUAGAGGCAGACUUAAAGACUAAACAAGUGCAUUCUCGACCUGAAGUUCAGGAUUACAGGCAUCCAGUAUACAAACCAGAACCUAGCAUUGAAGGUUCUACUGCAUCGACACUAAUAGAAACAACAAAACGUGGUCAAUUUAGACGCCGUAGACCUACAUAUACAACCACAUCAACAGAAGCUGUAAGCACUAAGAAAAUUUAUGAAGUUAAAAAUCGAUUCAGAGGACGCCGUCCUACCACUGAGAAGCCUAGUAACGAAAAAUUAGAUGUCCAGGGUGAAUCAACAUCAACGACCGUAAGAAAUACACCUUACAGCAGAUAUAACCACAGACCUAGACUAUCAGAAAGAUAUAAUAAAAAACCUGAGCCAGAGGGUCAAGAUUCAGAAGACCAAGAAUCAAACUAUUCUAUAAAUAGGCCAAAGUAUGUAGCUCCAGAAAGUGAUCAAUGGUCCCCGAAAAUUACUUCUGAAUCUUUCAAACCUUUUAAUCCCAACGAUAUUUUAGAUGAUAGUAAAUCAGCAACAACCGAGCGAAGAUCUGAUAAAAUAGAAGACAGAGGAGAAUUAGAUAUCAUCACAGCAAGAAAUGAUUACGAUGAUAUUCUUAUUUCAGUUACACCAGCAACAAACAAUAGGGGCGUGAAAAAGAUGCCCGAUAUCCCUCCUACUUUAGAAGCUUUAGUAGAACAAAGCAAAACCACAAACAGCGAUUCCACUGACAAUAUGUCUACUUUUGAAACCAUGUUAGAAGAAGUAAUGAAGAGUUUAGAGGAACAAGAUAAAGACGAAUACACGUCCAAUGUCAUGAAACACAAAGGAGGAGAAAUCGGUGAAAUACCUCCUGAGAAAAUAAUUACAUCUGGUGACGACUAUGCAGCGAAAUCCACGACACCAUUGCAACUAGAGGCGACUACAAUUGAACCUACCGCAGAAGUUGCAGAUGACUCUAAAAUAAUUGAGGAACAACAACAGCAGAAAGGUCACACAAACCGUCGCCGCGGCUUUUGGAAGAAAGUCAAAGUUCGCCCGGUGAACACGGAGUCAAUAGAAGUUGCUGAAUCUCAGUAUUACUCAAAUACUGUCAAUCGACUCGGAGAAUCUGUUAAAAACGUAAUACAUGACAAAUCUGAAAAACAGGACAAACCUAGGGUAACCACAUAUAAACCAAACUUCCAAUUUAUCCAAAAUAACUAUGAUUCUGAGGAUUUAACUUCACCAGAUACUGACGAAAUUCUUGACAUGGAUAUUACUAAAUUGCCAAAGAACCCGCAUUCAGAAACGACUCCAAAUGAAGAACAACAAAAGAAAACCACACCGAUAAUUGACGAAGUUACAACAGUAAAACUAGCGAGCUUAGGCGAGGAAGAUCUCGGAACUGGCUCACCUGAUCCUACUUCGAUUGACAACAUGUACUACAGCUCACCGACUGAACCAACAGCAAGUGAAGGAGUGUUCGGAAUGUUACAAAAAGCAGAUAGUUUCAGUUUAAUGGACUAUCUCUUUGGUACGACAUCGAGUGAAGGUAUCAGUCAAACAGAUAGUAAAAAUAAAACGGUCAGCAAUGAAUCGAAAAAGACAACAGUUAUUGACAAUAUUGACGUUACAACAGAACAGCCAAAACCCAAGAUUGUCACUACUGAAUCUUCAUAUAUUCCAGAAGAAAUUACUACCGUACCUUUAGAAGAGAACAACACUGAUGGUGCUAUUGAAUUUGAAGAUAUUAAAAAAAUAUUUGAAGAAAAACCUAAAGAAAUAGUAACAGAAACACCAGCUGCCAAAGUCACUUCAGAAUCAAGUUUUAUGAACCCAUCUAAUGUUGUCAGCACGUCUAUGUCUACAGAAGUAUCACACGAAACCGAAAUAUGCUUUAGAGGAAAGUGCAUCAAAACUAGCAAAGAUAUUUUAUAAAAUAAAAAUGGUGCUAUUUAAAGACUUGUGUUCAAAGUGAAAGACAUUAGAAUAAUGUGGAAAAUACGACUUUCAAAUAUUGUAAAACUUCAAUAUUUGAGUCAUUGUAAUGUGUAGGUUGUUUAUUUUAAUUAUUGGUGAAAUUUUGUAAAUAGCAAAAUAUUACGCUCUUUACUUGAUUCCACCUAUCAUUACUAACUUUAAUUAAUAAUUAAUCUCUUCAAUACCAGCUUUUAGUAAUGUGGCCACAACUAGAAGUUACACAAUGUAUUAUAAAAUAAUGUAGGCUUAAGAAUCACGUUAGUUUUUUGUACUUUUUGUAAUAUAGAUAUUUCGACUGAACAAAUAUUUUUUGAUAUCCUAGUUAGAUUUCUACUUAACUUCUUAUUUAUUUAUUUCUGUUUACUUAAUUAUUUUACAAUUUAUAUUUUUAUACAAAUAUGCACCUUAGGGCAUUUUCUUGAGUAGCUAACGAUUAUGAUCUUAUUAAACUUUAAAUUAAUACACUGUUAUACUCGUAUGUAUCGUUCAAUGAUAUACACUAUUCCCCACCCAAAGUAAAUGUAAUUUAUGUUGAAAAAAAUACACAAAUAACUGCCUUUUAUGGAAAUUACUUUAUGGUUGUACAUUAGUUUAGCAUCCGAGUGUAUUUUUUAUCAUACAGAAUAAAAAUAUUAAAAUUAAGCCCUUAUUUUCUUUACCCGACUUUAUAUACUCCUUAUUCACUAAUAAAGAGUAUUUAUUCUUUAUUAUACAAUACCGGGCACACGGUGAGGGACAAAAUAUAUAACUACUCUGUCCUGUUUUUCUCGUAUAUUUCUAAUACACAUUUCUCUUUCAUAUAUUAGCGAAAUGAAAGAUAUAACGAAGCCCUUGUCCUUCUUUAAUGUAAUGUUUUUAUAAUUCAGUGUUGUCCUUAAUGAUGGAACUCGGAGCUCCUAUAUAUUCACUACAAUGCCAUGGUCUUUUGCUUGUAUGUGUCAUGAAAUGUCAAUGUCAACAACAUACGUGAUGAAAUCACGUAUGUCUGUCAACGUCGCCGGGUGGCACCGUUUUGCCGUGAGAAAAAAAGAAACUAAAGAGGUUAUAUUUAGAGCUCCUCCGGUCAGCGUUUUUUUAUAAUCAAUAAAUAUUCUAAUAAAGCCUACAUUACUUAAAAUGGAUGUGGAAAUCAAGAUAAAGGAAGAUAUGAAAUCGCUUGGCUGCGAAUCUGACAUGAAGAUUUCGCUCGCUUACCAACUUUACAUCCAUCUGGUUGACGAAAAAUUAAUGUACGACACUGAAUAUUGUUAUAACAAGGAUGUGGACACAUUAUACGUCGUUGCGAGACCGAGGAAGAAUGAAAAACUCAACAUUUACGUACCUAUUCGUACUUACGAUGAUAUAAGUUUGGAUUUCAUCAAUACAAUGCAAGAAAAUUUGUGUACAGUUGAGUCAGGACCGUCAAUCAAUUUGGCUUUUAUUGAAGGUGAUUCCACCAUAGUAAUCUAUUCUUUUACUAAAGGACUUGUUGAAAGGCCAUCAGCAGAGAAGAUUAGUGAGAAUCGUAAAAAGGAAGAACGGAGAAGUUUUAUCAACAGUGAGUUGGUGAGGCAUAGGAGUGAGAUAUUGCAUGAUGCAUUGAAUGGAGGAGUAAUAGAUGAUGACGACUGCCUUGUCCUGGAUUGAAGGGGUUUCAGAAAAUUCGUGUGAUUUUUUAAUGCAUCAGCCAUAAAUUAAGAUGGUUAUAUUAUGUGUCUUAUGGAAACUAAAGAUGGCAACAUUAAAAGUAUAUAAAUAAAGUAUUGAUAACUGGCACAUAAAACCACAAUGUAAAAGUAAAAGAAAUAUGUAAGUUUGGAUCGUAAUACAAUAAGGCAUAGAAGAUAAAUAAGAUGUUAUGGGAAAUGGCUUAUAAAAAAAAAUCUUUAAAAAAUAUUUUUAAAAGUGCUUAGCAGUCCCAUGUGUGCCAAAGAAUAUGGCUUCAAAAUAUGACUAGAGCAGGUGAACUGAUUGAAUCCAACAUGAUAAUAAACCUAGAUAUAGAAAUGACAUAUUCUUUUAAUAAUAAACAGUAGAUUAAUUAUUAACAGUAAUAGCACAGGGCAGUAGUGUCCUCAAAUUUACAAAAUGAUUAAAAGACAGAAUGCAGACUUGAAUAUUUGAUAUCCACAAUGUAAUAUAAAUAAAUGUAUAAAUGGUACCAUACCUGUGAUGGGGAAGAAAUCAUAUUGACAAAGUCUUUUCUACUUGGUGGCGUUAGAGGCAAGCCUACAUAGCACUGGCUUGAUGUUGUCAAGGAUGUUAUGGAUACCUACCAUAAGUUUGAUAACUAAAACUGCCCAAGACUAUGAAAUGUGGAGAAGUACUUCAACUCUAUGGCUAAUGAGAGGUGGAGAUGUUAGAAAGCCAAACAAAGAAGACUGUGCAAAGUGUAGUACAGCGGAGAAGAAACAGUAUACAAGCACAUCCUGAGCUUUGUAGCUGAGAAACUCAGAAAGUGUUUACGAAUGGAGGAAUGAUAUUAAAAAGUGAAUAGUGAUGACUGUAUGUUCUUAAGUUUAAUUAGAACAAGCAGUGAAUUGUUUCACUUUGUACUACUCCCUCAUCUUAUCAGUUUGAUUAAUCACCACUGUUUGACAAAAAUGUACUAAUUUUCUUUCACUUGUGUAAUUAAAGACAUAUUUUCUUAUGAGAUAGUAAUGUUAAAUAGUCACUCACUUGGCUUGCUCUAAUAUACCUAAAAAUGUAUGUUCUUAUUAUUUGCCAAUGUUAAAAACUAAAGGGCUGGAAAUUUUGUAAAAUAUUUGGAAUAAACAUUUAAUUAAUAUA